UUUACGGGUUGUGGAGUUCGGCGAGGUAUCGACCUGAAGACUUAAGUGAAGAGGAAGUACUUUUUAAAAUGAAAAUAUUGAAAAUGAUACUUUAACUUUCUACAGCCGAGCAGAGGGAGAAGCCAGCCAUGCCAGCCCAACCCCCUGUGAGGGAGCCGGAGGAGGAGAUGGAGGCAGAAGGAGAGUCACAACUCCCUGAAACCAACGGAGAGGUGGAGCGACCGAGAGAGGAUGAAAGACAAGGCAGAAGAGGAGAGGAGACCAUGGAGGAGAGCACGGAGGAGAGGGAUAGCGACUUGGAGGAUAGUGAAGAGGAGGAGGAAGAAGAGGAGAGUUCAGAGAUGGAUGAUGAAGACUGUGAGCGCAGGAGAGGAGAAUGUCUAGAUGAGAUGUCGGAUCUGGAAAAACAAUUUCAGGAGCUGAAAGAGAAGUUGUUUCGGGAGCGGCAGAACCAGGUGAAAGUGAAGCUGGACGAGGUGCUGACAGGGAAGGCUGGAGAAUACAGAGAACCACUGGUUUUACUACAGGAGAGCAUGCACAUACGAACACAAGUCGCCGGAGUGUACAGAGAGCUGUGUCUGCAGGUGAUCAAACACAAGUAUGAGUGUGAACAACAAGGAGCAAAGCAGCACCUGGAGAGUGAGCGGAUGUUGCUGUUUGAUGCCAUGAAGACCGAACUGCUGGAGAAGAUAAGAAGACUGGAGGAGGACAGACAGAAUGUAGACCUCACCUCAGAGUGGAGUGAUGAGAUGGGCAAGAAGUGUAAAAGAAAGAACCUGCUGGGUCGGUCGGAGAGGAAAAAGAAAGUAGCUCUGGUUUCGGGGCCUUUCAUCGUCUACAUGUUGAGAGACAUCGACAUCCUUGAAGACUGGUCUGCUAUCAAGAAGGCAAAAGCAGCUCUGUCACCACUAAAAAAGAAAGUUGAAAAGCGGUGAUAAUAGAAGGAUCUUAUUGAAGACCAGUGGCAAAAACCAAACCCCCCACACACACACGCACACACACACACUCCCAGCUACUUCCACUAACUGUUAGGGUUUUGUCACCUCAAGACCCAGAAGAUUGUGUUGAACCGUGCCUGACCCCAGCAACCAACCACCCAAUUGCUUGUUUGUUUGUUAUCUAUUGCUAUUUAAAACAAGUUCUUAAUGAUAUGACAACAAUGUAUUUAUAGAAUGAUUUAUAAUGAUUAAAAUUUUAAUCUUUUGUGACAA